GAGCGGCACGUGACCGGAUACGGGAAGUGGCGGGUUCUGGCCGUUUCUUUUCCCGGUUCAGUGAAAAGCGCUUCAUAGCUGCUUUUGCUGCCGGCGCCCUUCCAGAGGCCGUCUUGGAGCAGCAACCUCGGCCGGCCGGCCGGCCUCGCGCUGAGAAAAGAUGACAGCAAUCAAGCACGCACUACAGAGAGAUAUCUUCACACCAAACGAUGAACGCCUGCUGAGCAUCGUGAAUGUCUGCAAAGCUGGCAAGAAGAAGAAGAACUGUUUUCUGUGUGCCACAGUGACAACUGAACGCCCUGUGCAGGUGAAAGUGGUCAAAGUCAAGAAAUCUGACAAGGGAGAUUUCUACAAAAGGCAAAUUGCUUGGGCCCUGCGAGACCUUGCUGUGGUCGACGCCAAAGACGCCAUCAAAGAAAACCCUGAAUUUGAUUUACAUUUUGAGAAAGUCUAUAAGUGGGUGGCCAGCAGCACAGCUGAGAAGAACGCCUUCAUCUCCUGCAUUUGGAAGCUGAACCAGCGCUAUCUCCGCAAGAAAAUCGACUUUGUUAAUGUUAGCUCGCAGCUUUUGGAAGAACUGCCUAAAGUUACAGAAGAAUCUGUUCCAAGUGGAGAGAAUCAGAGUGUAACAGGAGGGGAUGAAGAAGCGGUAGAUGAGUACCAAGAGUUAAAUGCAAGAGAAGAGCAGGAUAUCGAAAUAAUGAUGGAAGGCUGUGAGUGCGCCAUUUCUAACGCUGAAGCCUUUGCAGAGAAGUUGUCCCGAGAGCUGCAGGUGCUCGACGGGGCCAACAUUCAGUCAAUCAUGGCCUCUGAGAAACAAGUGAACACCCUGAUGCAGUUGCUGGAUGAGGCGCUAACGGAGGUGGACCAGAUUGAGCUGAAACUGAGCAGUUACGAGGAAAUGCUCCAAAGUGUGAAAGAGCAGAUGGAUCAGAUCUCUGAGAGCAACCACCUGAUUCAUCUCAGCAACACGAAUAAUGUGAAGCUCCUGUCCGAGAUAGAGUUCCUCGUGAACCACAUGGACUUGGCCAAAGGUCAUAUAAAGGCCCUUCAGGAAGGAGAUCUUGUUUCUUCCCGAGGCAUUGAAGCCUGCACCAACGCUGCUGACGCCCUGCUGCAGUGCAUGAAUGUUGCUCUUCGCCCAGGCCAUGACAUGCUCCUGGCCGUCAAGCAGCAGCAGCAGCGCUUCAGUGACCUGAGGGAGCAUUUCGCCCGGAGACUGGCCAGCCAUCUCAACAAUGUUUUUGUUCAACAGGGUCAUGAUCAGAGUUCAACUCUUGCUCAGCACUCUGUUGAACUGACUCUACCCAAUCAUCAUCCAUUUCAUAGAGACUUGCUCCGCUAUGCCAAGCUGAUGGAGUGGCUAAAGAGUACAGAUUAUGGAAAGUACGAGGGACUAACAAAGAAUUACAUGGAUUAUUUAUCCCGACUAUAUGAAAGAGAAAUCAAAGAUUUCUUUGAAGUUGCAAAGAUGAAGAUGACUGGCACCUCUAAAGAAAGCAAGAAGUUUGCUACACUGCCUCGAAAAGAAAGUGCUGUCAAACAGGAAACAGAGAGUCUCCAUGGAAGCUCUGGGAAGCUCACUGGAUCAACUUCUAGUCUGAAUAAACUCGGUGUUCAGAGCUCGGGCAGUCGCAGGUCCCAGUCGUCCUCCCUACUGGACGUGGGGAACAUGUCCGCCUCUGACCUUGAUGUGGCUGACAGAACCAGGUUUGAUAAGAUCUUUGAACAGGUGCUGAGUGAACUGGAGCCACUGUGUCUGGCAGAACAGGACUUUAUAAGUAAAUUUUUCAAACUACAACAACAUCAAAACAUGUCUGCAUCGAUGACUGAAGCAGAAGACCUGGACGGAGGCUCAUUAUCACGGCCACACAGUUCUGGCCCCUUGCUGCCUGCUUCCUCUGAGAAAGAUAUGAUUCGCCAAAUGAUGAUCAAAAUAUUCCGUUGCAUUGAACCAGAACUGAACAACCUAAUUGCAUUAGGAGACAAAGUAGAUAGCUUUAACUCCCUGUACAUGCUGGUCAAAAUGAGUCACCACGUGUGGACUGCACAGAAUGUGGACCCAGCGUCUUUUCUAAGUACUACAUUAGGAAACGUUUUGGUGACUGUGAAGAGGAACUUUGACAAAUGCAUUAGUAACCAAAUAAGACAAAUGGAAGAAGUAAAGAUCUCAAAGAAAAGUAAAGUAGGAAUUCUUCCAUUUGUUGCUGAAUUUGAAGAAUUUGCUGGGCUCGCAGAAUCAAUUUUCAAAAAUGCUGAACGCCGUGGUGAUCUGGACAAAGCAUACACCAAAUUAAUCAGAGGAGUGUUCAUCAAUGUGGAGAAAGUAGCAAAUGAGAGCCAGAAGACGCCCCGGGACGUGGUCAUGAUGGAGAACUUUCACCAUAUUUUUGCAACACUUUCUCGUCUGAAAAUCUCAUGUCUUGAAGCUGAGAAGAAAGAAGCCAAGCAGAAGUACACAGAUCACCUUCAGUCCUACGUCAUUUACUCUUUAGGACAGCCCCUUGAAAAACUAAACCAUUUCUUUGAAGGCGUUGAAGCUCGAGUAGCCCAGGGCAUUCGGGAGGAGGAGGUGAGCUACCAGCUCGCGUUCAACAAGCAAGAGCUUCGCAAAGUCAUUAAAGAGUAUCCAGGCAAGGAGGUGAAGAAGGGCCUGGACAACCUCUACAAGAAGGUAGACAAGCAUCUGUGUGAGGAGGAGAACUUACUACAGGUGGUGUGGCACUCCAUGCAAGAUGAAUUUAUACGCCAGUACAAGCACUUUGAGGGGUUGAUAGCACGCUGUUACCCUGGAUCUGGAGUUACGAUGGAAUUCACUAUUCAGGACAUUCUGGAUUAUUGCUCCAGCAUCGCACAGUCCCACUAAGCCUUAGGAAAGAGGAAAAAGAAGUGAGCAUGCAUUCUCAGUCCAGCAAACACUACAUAAAGAGUGAGCAAGUGCUUUGAGAAGCCAGACUUAAGCGUUUCUGUUACUAAACGUCAGGUGACUGUGUAGUACUCUGCUCCAGAUGUUCAAGCGCAGAGCAGCAGCCUACAACUCGGUUUGUUUGACCUCCAGGUGAUGCACUGAAGCAUUUAUCUCAUCAUGAAAAGCCUUCAGCACUUUCCAGGGACGGGGCAGGACAUUUGCUUUACUGCCAGCUUCUUGGUUUGCGAGUGACUGUCCUCAGUGGAACAGUGGGAGUUCGUCAGCAUUCGCUAUGCACCACUUGCUCACAAAUCAUGGAACUAGGAAAAUAUUGCACAGAAUUGUUUUUGUCCCUGUGUCUAGCAAGUGUACAUAUGGAUGGGCAAGGGACCUGAUGUGGUAAUUGGCCACCAGCCUGGAUUGUAAGGAUUAUGUGGCUCCGUAUAUUAAAUAAAGGAUAUUAUUAAAAGUUGAUAUUUGA